CUCUAGCUAGCUAUAGUAGUACAGUUAUCGUCCAACCUAUGCAAAUAGCUAGUACAUUGCAAAAGAUGUUGAAACCAAAACUACUUCACCCAUCACAGUCUUUAGUUCUCCAGCACAAGCCGUUCCUGCAUGGAAGCAGUGGGCGGAGCAGUACUGCUUCACUUCCCGUCUGGUCAACAAUGCCUUCGUACCCCAACAAGCAGCAAACCCUUCGAUAUGGCUCCAGUAAUCAUAGAAACAAAAUAAAAGCCGAAAGCAGUAGUGACAGUACUGGUACUAGUAGCAUUAGCAGUUCUACUACUACUAGUAGCAACAGCAGCACGAGUAGUGGUAUCACUCCAGGACCGACGACCACCACAACAACAACAACAACCACUGAGGUGACGGAAGUGGUGAUCGAGAAUGAAGAUGCAAUGGUCGAGAAAGAAGUAGAAGUAGUGACCACAAAAGAAGUGGUGACGGAGAAUUUCACCAGUGUUAAAGCCACCAUAACUGUGACGCUUACAGUUGGAGGGUUUCUGACGAACAUGGGUUUAACCCGAGGACUCGAUGAUGUCAGAGAUAUGCUUGGUCAAACUCUCUUCAUGGAUCUCAUUAGUGCUCACCUUGAUCCCAAAACUGGAUUGGAGAAAAAGCAUGUAACUGGGUUCGCACACAGGAGUCGCCGAAAGGACAGUGAGAUUGUAUACGAGACAGAUUUUAAAGUUCCAUUGAAUUUUGGAGAAGUUGGUGCCGUUUUGAUAGAAAAUGAGCACCACAAGGAGAUGUACCUCAAGGAUAUUGUCCUGGAUGGCUUGCCUGAGGGUCCUGUACUAUUUACCUGUAAUUCAUGGCUUCAUUCUAAGUAUGACAAUUCAGCGAAGAGAGUCUUCUUCACAAACAAGUCAUAUUUGCCAUCUAAAACUCCAAGUGCUUUGGUGAGGCUAAGAGAAGAGGAGCUCGUUACUUUGCGUGGAAAUGGCCAAGGAGAGCGCAAGAGCUUUGAGAGAGUUUACGACUAUGAUGUGUACAAUGAUCUCGGGGAACCUGAUUCAAAAUUCAGCCUACAAAGAACUGUAAUUGGGGGGAGCAAAGAGUUCCCUUAUCCCAGGCGAUGUAGAACAGGGCGACCAAUGUGCGAAACAGAUCCGCAAUCAGAGAAAAGAACUGGUACUUGGUAUGUUCCUAGAGAUGAAGCAUUCUCAGAGAUAAAACAAUUAACUUUUUCAGCAAAGACAGUAUAUUCUGUCUUGCACGCAGUGGUGCCUGCUCUGGAGACUGCCAUAGUCGAUUCUGAUCUUGGAUUCCCAUUAUUCACAGCUAUAGACGAACUCUACAAUGAAGGCAUUAGCUUGCCUCCUCUUAAAGAUCAAGGGGUCAUCAGAACCAUAAUUCCUAGGCUAGUGAAUGCUCUACCUUCCGGAGAUGAAGUUCUGCGGUUUGUGCCCCCAGAAACAAUGAAUAGAGACAAAUUCUUUUGGUUUAGGGAUGAGGAAUUUGCUAGGCAGACUCUAGCGGGUCUUAACCCGUAUAGCAUCAAGUUGGUGACGGAAUGGCCAUUGAGGAGUGAAUUGGACCCCGAGGUAUAUGGACCUCCUGAAUCUGCAAUUACCACGGAAAUGAUUGAGCGAGAGAUUAGAGGCUUUGCGACCAUCAAAGAGGGGAUAAUUCCGCAGGUGCUGAGUAGUGGUGAUUGAGUGACGACUCCGAAGACUCGAAGUCGAUCGCAUCCAGUCAUGGUGAGGUUCCAGCGUGGAUUGUGUGUGAGAUUUGGUGUGAUUUUAUUUGUGAGGUUGUUGUGAGGAUUAUACAAUUCCAUUUGUUAUAUGUUGAAUUAUCAUUUGGGUUUGUAAUAAUC